AUGGGCGUUGAUGCAGGCUUUGACAUGGUCCCUACCUUGUCCAAGGGGGUCGUGGACAGGCACAACUGGGACAGAUUCAUCGAAUUCAUCAAGACACACUACGAAGACGAUGAAAACGUUGAGAUCAAACCAAACUAUAUCCUAUUCAAAGCAGGCGAACACCCGAAGCUGCCUUUUGAAGGCUACAAACUCCUUCGCUUCAGCUCCAAGGUUUCAGGUCGCAUCGCCACGACCACGGGGGUAGAGAGCUACCUCAAGCAGGUUGCCCGAGUUGCUCGGCUACACUUUGGCUCUCGUGUGAAGUACUGGGAUGAAUGCCUAGAUCGGCAGGGUCACUAUGGUUGGCAAGAAGUUCACGAGUCACACCGAUCAUAUGAGCAGCGGGAUGCACCCGAAUCUCACAGCACCAUCGCACAUUUCGUCACUGGAACUGAUCGGAUAAGACACAUUGGCAUUCCGCUGUACGAAGUUGUAGAUGUGGCUGGAAAGGGGAAAGGUCUGAUCGCUCGUUUUAAUAUCACUAAAGGUACUUCCUUAUACUACGUGGAGACUCACCUUAGGAACACGAUUAGGAAGUUGAGAAUCGAGGCACUCAAAUGUAGUGCGAAGGCAUGUUUGCGUGAAUGGAGGCUACAAGCCACUGAGGGUUUGCCAUGA